GCGAUGAAGCACUCAUUGAAACCCGUCUAACCAGAGUCUACACGCUGAUCGUCAACGUCAUCAUGGUGACAAUGAUGCCUGUGGCUGUGGUUGCGGCUAAAUUUUCAUGGGUGGAUAUGUGGCUGCCGCGAUUCAUGUGGCUCACUCCGUUCGUCCUCUAUGCCGUGAACUACGCGGUUCUCAUAAACACUCUGAUCUCGCGCUGUCAUCGGGACAGCAUACUGAUGGAACUGCAUCGUUUGACUGUUCAAUUGAAUCGCGAGAUGCGCCGAGCCGGAAAGCAGAUGAACUCGAAACUCCAAAGGCUGCUCUACAUGAAAUCCUUCACUUUGUUGUUUCUGUGCCUGUGCUAUAUUCUGGGAACAUUCAAGUACAACGGCGGAUUCACUGUUCCCAUGUUCCUCACCUGCCUUCUAAUUAACAAUGGCUACAACUUCCUGAUUGCCACCCCACACUUGUACUUUGUGUCGUUCUGGCAAGUUGCUCGAGGAUAUGACUUCGUGAAUCAGCAGCUGGAGGAGCUCAUCUCCACACGCUCGCCGCUUGCCUCUGGAUACGCAGAGGAGCUGCGUAGUAUUUGGUCCCUUCACGCCCGACUCAGCCGGACAGCGCACAAGAUCAACACCAUCUACGGUCGCCAGAUGUUGGCCGCCCGUCUCGACUAUCUUUCUUUCGCUGUCAUCAAUAGCUACUUUGGAAUCAUUUUCUCACUUGGCGUACAGUCGAAUUAUUUUGCUAAAUUGUAUGGCGCUCUUCUCUGUUGCACACGGAUGAUGGACUUUUUUAUGGCCGACUAUAUCUGCGAUUUGGUGGCUCAGUACCAGAGCACUGCGAAGCACACAGUCAGUGAGGGCAUCAUGUCCGACGAGCUAAGUUCGUAUGUGAUCUAUCAAAACAGCAUGACUCUGAAUUUAAAGGUUUGCGGCCUGUUCCCAGUCAAUCGAAAGGAGUGGCUCAACAUGAUGGGAUCUGUCCUAUGCCACUCUGUGGUGCUCCUGCAAUACCAUCUGAUGAUGUCCGCUAAGCCAGAAAAGCAAUACUAAUAAUAGUACUAAAACACGAUUCAAUCGUUCUACUAAUUAA